AGUUAGUCGCCAUAAAACAAAAAGAAGAAGAAGAAGAAUGACGUUGAAUGCUGAAGAAAUGAAGAGGCUGCACUCCAGUUUCUAUAGAGAGUGGUCACAUCACUGGCUGUUUGUGCUUUUUCAGAUGUAAACAGACCUGAUGGAGGACACACACCGUCAUGAGAAAAUGAGUAAAAAAACUGACUCACUGAAGAGAAAAGACAAAGAACGUGUCACCUGCACUCAGUGUGGAAUAAGUCUGGCAAACAAACCCAAUCUCCGGCGUCACAUGAAGGUCCACACUGGAGAGAAACCAUUCACAUGCACACAGUGUGGGAAGAGUUUCAGUCAAUCAUCAAACCUUAAAAAACACAUGAGGAUCCACACUGGAGAGAAAACGCACAGAUGCGAUCAGUGUGGGAAAACAUUUUUGAUGGCUUCAUACCUGAAGAAACACCUUCAAAUUCAUACAGACGAGAAGCCUUAUGCAUGCUCUGUGUGUGGAAAGACUUUGAGACAUCAACGUAGUUUAAGAGAUCAUCAGAAGAUCCACACCGGUGUGGGAGAGUACAUGUGCUUUAAGUGUGAGAAGACUUUUUAUAGGGCUGAACAUUUGAAAAUACAUGAGAGGAUUCACACUGGAGAGAAACCGUACAUUUGUUCACACUGCGACACAAGAUUCAGAUAUUUAAGACAUCUGAAAACACAUGAGAAGAUUCACACGGGAGAGAAACCUUACAUGUGUUCACACUGCGAUUCAGACAGUUAAAAGGACUGAAAAUACACGAGGGGAUUCACACCAGAGAGAAACCUUAAAGGGGAGGUCCACAGUUUUUUUAAAGGUUUGAUUGUGUUUAUGGACUGCAAAACAAUGUGUGUUUGUGAUUCAUCUGUAAAAAAAAAACAUGUUAUUCGUUCACAUAUCUUACCCCCAUGCAGGGCCGGCUCGUCCAUAGAGGCGACCUAGGCGGCCACCUAGGGCAACAGUUAAGAGAGGGCGGCAUCCGCGACACCUCCCUUACCACCCGCGUCCUCAGUUAUGUCCGCGUCACCUCCCUCACCACCCG